GUCGAGAUUGAUUACAGUAGCCGGCGAGGCGGAUUGACUACAGUAGCUAGAUUAGAACAUCGCAUGGGUCAGAUAGUGUCGUCGACGUUAUCAUCCUGGUGCCCAUCCAAUGACUCCCCCUGCCGCCGGGGGAUGCUCUGCUGCUUCGCCGAGCCGGCACGACACGCCAAGGCCCCGCCAGCAGAGAUCUCCACUGAAGGUACUUACGUAUGGAUGGAUGCAUGGCCGACACUGGAUGGAUGGAUGGAUGUGUGCGCUGUGUAUGCUGUGCUGCAGGGUUGGUUGGUGAUUACGCGCCGGCAUCCGAGAGCGCCCGUGGUGAGCUGCAGCCGUUCGUCUACCAGAUGCAGAAGGGCGUCUUCGUCAGUGCAGUUCUGCAGGUGGGUGCGUGCCAAGAGGGAGGGAAGAAUCCAUCCCUCCAUUCAUCCAUCCAAAGCUUUGGAUGGAUGGACCCCUCUCCCUUCCCUGUGUUGUGUGUUGUGUAUUGUGUGUGCAGGACGGCAGCGCCUUAGUAUGCGAAAUCAAGCUGGACCCAUCGCAUGACUUCAUGACCAUACAGAGCGAGGUAGAUGCAUAAAUGGAUGCAUGGGGUGCGUGUGUGGGUGUGGGUGUGGGUGUGGACGUACACACAUACCUGCGCACACAGGACAAGUCCCGCAAGGUGAUGUUGCGCGACAUCCGCGAUGUGCUGAGCGAGCCGGGUCAGCUCAAGAGGGUAGAGACCAAAGCUACCAUCAUAGACGACCCCAGGUGAGUGAAACGAACGGUGGCGACCACGCCUAUAUAUUCAAAAUGCCGAAAGGAUGUUAUCAAUGCUCUCUCCUGUGCGUGUGUGCGGUAUCUAUAUAGUUGUCUGGCUCUGCACAUCGACAAGAGCGGCAGCUGCAUCGUGUUCCGCUGCAACAGCGCCACCGAGCGGAAGGACCUCGUCACCGCACUCCUGUGGCUCAAGAGGAAAGCGCUGGCCAAGGAUGUGCCGGCAUCCGUCUGAUCCGACGCAGGCAGGAAUGCACGGACGGAAGGAUGGGAAAGG